CCAGUUAUCUCCCCCUUCCCUCCCUCUCAGCAAGGUCUGCCCCAACUUCCCCGAAUCUCCGCUUAACAGGGUUAAGUGUUUGUUGAAAUCUGUUUGCCGCUCCCAAGCACAGACCACCAGAACGGGAGGGAGGAAGAGCGUUAACUCAAGUCUGCAAGCAUGCUCCCCCGACUCCUCCAACUCCUCCUUCUGCAAGGAGCUUUCGUCUUCGGAGCUGUCAGUUCCACGCCAACCACAAGGAAGCUCUUUGGGGAGGUCAGGUCCCCCAAUUACCCCAAGCCGUACCCAAACAACAAUGAAAGUACCUGGGACAUUUCUGUGCCAAAGGGCUUCAGAGUGAAGCUGAAUUUCUGGCAGUUCGAUCUGGAGCCAUCUGAGGACUGCACUUACGACUACGUCAAGAUCACAGCCAACAAGAAAGACUUAGGCCGGUUCUGCGGCCAACAAGACUCAACCACCGGCAACCACCCUAGAGGCAAAGAGAUUUUGUCGGCUGGGAACCGAAUGCGGCUGCUGUUCCACUCCGACUUCUCCAAUGAAGAAAAUGGCACCAACGUCUUCUACAAGGGCUUCCAGGCUUACUAUCAAGCAGUGGACUUGGAUGAGUGCGCCCUUGAAAACGACGUCGAAGAUGGCGCACCUCGGUGCCAGCACUUCUGCCACAACUACAUAGGGGGCUACUUCUGCUCUUGUCAGCCCGGCUACCGUCUCCAGAGCGACCAACAUUCCUGUAAAGUGAAUUGCAGCAACGAACUGUUCACGGAGCAAUCUGGGUACUUGUCAAGCCCUGGUUAUCCUCAGCCCUACCCAGCUGAUUUGCGCUGCAACUACAGCAUACGAGUGGAGGCAGGCCUGAUCAUCACACUCAAAUUCCUGGAGCCUUUCGAAAUUGAUGAUCACCAGCAAGUCCGCUGUCCUUAUGACCAGCUCAAGAUCCAAGUUGGUGGGGAAGAGGUUGGCGAGUUCUGUGGCACAACAUCUCCAGGAAGCAUCGAAACCAAUGGCUCUUUGGUGGACGUACUUUUCCACACGGAUGAUUCAGGAUACAGCCGCGGGUGGAAGAUCCGGUACAGCACAGAAAGAGUCCCUUGCCCACAGCCCGUUCCAAAUGACGAGUUCACCAUCAUUCAAGACCUACAGCCAUUGUAUCAAUACCAGGACUACUUUAUUGCCAGCUGCAGGACUGGAUAUCGGCUGAAGGAGGGCGACAAAGCACUGAAAUCCUUCACCGCUGUCUGCCAAAAGGAUGGGACGUGGCACCGCCCGAUGCCCCGAUGUGAAAUUGUGAACUGCGGCGAACCGAAAAGCCUGACCAACGGGGACUUCACCUAUGAGUCCCAGCCAAACAAUAACGACUACCUGUCAGUUGUCAGGUACAGCUGCAAAGAACGCUAUUACCGCCUUUUCAGUAAUGGAGGAGAUAUAUAUACCUGCUCUGCUAAGGGGUCUUGGAUGGACCAAGAUGACCACGAGGACAUCCCUGUGUGCCUGCCAGUCUGUGGAAGACCGGACAAUCCCAUCAAAAUAAUCCAACGGAUUAUUGAUGGCCAAGAGGCACCAAAUGGCAGCUUCCCAUGGCAAGCGAAAACAUUCGUCACCGGACGUGGAGGCGGGGCAUUGCUGGGUGACCGCUGGAUCUUGACCGCAGCGCACAAUUUGUACCCCAAGCUGAGCAGUGCAUCUCGGAUGGCUCAGAGCCCUGAGCUCUCUGAGGUGAUUAAGAAGACUCAAGUCUUCUUGGGACACACGGAUGUGGAGGAAAUCGUAAAGCUGGGCAAUCGCCCCGUCCGCAAGGUUUACAUCCACCCAACGUACAACCAGGGCCUUCCGGAGAACUUUGAUGGGGACAUUGCCCUUCUGGAGCUGGAGGACCCAGUGACACUUGGGCCUGACAUGCUGCCAAUCUGUCUCCCGGAUCCAGGGAACAGCACCUUCUACGCUCAAGGAUGGAUGGGUUAUGCCAGUGGCUUCGGAGUAGAGAAGAACAUCCUUGCUCACAAGCUAAAAUACGUACCGAUUCCAGUAGCAAGGCGUUCAUCUUGUCAGCAGUGGCUGAAAGGGCAGAAGAUUGACGGCCGGGACCCGGUCUUCACAGAGAACAUGUUUUGUGCAGGUUCCCCUCACGAAACAAAAGAUACCUGCCAGGGAGACAGUGGGGGGGCUUUUGCUGUGCGCGACCCGCAGACUGGGCGCUGGGUGGUCUCAGGGAUUGUUUCUUGGGGCAUCAAUUGUGGCAACGGCUAUGGCUUUUACACCAAAGUCAUGAACUACCUGGACUGGAUCAAGGGCAUAGUGGGGAAGGAUUGGGUCUCAAUGCAAGGGUCAGAUUAACAUAUUGGAAUGUAAGCAUCCGUUGCAAUUCAAUGGAAGCUCCCGCCAUUUUGUAAAGAACUGUUGCCUCCAAUGUAUUGUUUCAUAGCUCCCUCCCAGGAAUGAAUAAGUAGGACAUUAACUCACGGUUUAGCAAAUCCUCUUCAUUAAUCAAUCUAAGGUUUAGCUGGUUGAUAUAACAAUCAAAUAAAUGAUAGCUUGUUUC